AUGAGGUCAUACGCCCUGCUCGGCUUUAUACUUCCCACCUAUGCUCUAGUAGCCUACCAGCCCUGUCUCACCACCACUGCCCUACCUCUUAUCACUGUAGUCAGUGGUCCAGACGGCUAUCAAAGUGAAUACACACGCACAUAUCAAGAGUUCUACCCUUCGGGGUUGACGAAGAAGACAUAUACCAUCACAGAAACAUGUUCAAGUAUCGACUGCCAUGGUGCACCUAUCGAGACUGCUCCUCCACCUGGAUUUACCCAUGCUGUGGUCAAAUGCAACGCUUGUGGUGGCCAAGGUACUCAAGUUGCGACUCUGACCUUUCCUACUGAGUCUAUUGAGGCAUACUCAUCUUCUGGAUAUAUCGUUGAGCCUCUCGAUGCUGCACAGGCUACAAAGGCUUGGGUUGACCAAGUCAACGUACCCGGUGCCAUCGAGACAGUACAGGUCAACUCUGACCAAGGCUCCAACACUAGCACUGGUUCUCCCACUCCAGACUCUCCAGAACAGAAUGGUUCUCAGCCUCAAGUGCCAAGUCCCGAGGAUACACAUCAAGAUCAACAAUACAACGGAAGCUUUGGAAACACAGGCUCAGACCUCGCCGCCACUGGGUACACCGGCUCUGUAGAUGGAAAUGGCGCUUCCAACGAUCAGAUUAUCGACCACGUAGGUGGUUCUUCAAGCGCACAAGGAUCGGGAUCUGGUGAUACUGCCAAUAGCUCAGGAUUCGAAGGUUCGGGUGCUGGAACCAUCCCCCAACAUGGUCCUUCAUCCCCAUCUUCUACAAACAAGUGGACUGAAUCCAAUGGUCAAGGAUCAAACAUUCCUGGUGGUGCAGAUAGCGCACCAGCUAAUCCCCCGACAAAUGCUUCAGAAGGCGGUUCCUCUUCUUCGGAUGCUCUAUCUGCUGAUGGAGAGCCCAAGAGCAAGAACAAACCAAACAACCCAGCUGACACUACAUCCUCUGAUGACACCGAUGGAUCAUCUGGCGAUGUUUCGAACUCUGGUGUUGUAAGCCCUCCAUCACCACAAAACGGCACUCCUUCUGAUGACAACUCAAGUCCCCAAUCCUCGAGUGGUGAGACUGAUGCAGACCGAUACAGCGUUCCUCAAACUGUUAGCGCUGCAGGCUCUCAUAAGGUCAACGUCUUCGCAUGCACCUUGACCAGUGUUGCCAGCAUCGUUGUUAUUUGGCUACUAUAA